CCCGCCGUCCCGCAGUCGGAGAGGCAGGUUUGCUCCCAGGCCCAGCAGGAGUGAGAAGCCAGGGAGAAGUUACACUUUCUGGGCUGGAGACCCCGCUCCCCUUGCAGCCCGUGCCUUGCUCCGCGCUGUCAGGAUGGCAGCUCCUGAAGUGCCCCCGACCAUAGCGGUCAAGAUCUUCUCAGCUGGAGCGGCGGCCUGCGUGGCAGAUGUGCUCACCUUUACUUUGGACACCGCCAAAGUCCGGCUACAGAUCCAAGGCAAAUGCCGGUCCUCCGGUACCAUUCGGUACAAAGACGUCCUGGGAACAAUCACUACUCUGGCAAAGACAGAAGGGCCAAUGAAGCUCUACAGAGGGCUGCCUGCUGGCCUCCAGAGACAAAUAAACUUCACCUCUCUUAGGAUCAGCCUCUAUGAUACCAUCCAGGGAGAGAAAAAAGCGAAGCAAAACAAAAUUUCCUCUCCCCUCAAAAAAGAGGAAAAGACCAUUAAGCAAGAGGAGACAAAAUUUGGUUUGGCGGGACUAUUUGUACCUUCCUUCUGGUGACUGGGAUCCUGGAACGUCAUCCCGUUUGUGUGCUUUGAACAGCUGAAACGAGAGUUGAUGGAGUCACGGCAGACUGUGGACUGUGCCGCAUAAUUGGCUCCAGGAAAGAAUUGAACAGACCAGUGGGAAUCUGUGCU